CGGUGUUUCAGUGUUUCAGUGUUUGCAGAUUGUGCAGGUUUCGCAGGUUUUGCAGAUAUUUUCCGCUCUGUUUUUGUUGCAUCUUGUCGUGUCCGCGUGUGUCGUUCCGCCGCUGCUCCAGAAGAACCCGCGGGCCGCAGCGGCUCCGAGCGGAUCCUCUCCUCCCGCGUCCGCCCCGGCAGCUCCGAGCUAAAGCUAAACAACCAAAGCUAAAAGCGAGUGGAGUUUUGUUGUAAAAUGUGUGAGAAGAGGCGCAGACUCAGAGCUCUGGUCACGGAGAGACUCUCUGCGGCCGCGGACGAGAUCUGUGCUCUGCUGGAGACGACGAUAGCGGAAUAUGAAGAAGAACUGCGCCGCUCCAGAGAGGAGAACCAGAGGAACCAGAGGAACCAAAGGAACCAGCGGCUCCUGGACUCGGCUCUGCGGGGUCGGGGGCGCGGGGCAGAGGAAAACGCUGACGAGGAGAAGGAGGAGGAAGAGCAGAGCCUCAAACUGAAGCAGGAAAACCCAGAAGAGGACGAAGCUGAAGCGGCCGAAGCAGGAGUCCAGUGGGAAACAGAUCAGCUCCAAAACUUCAACCACAACUUGGAUUACGGAAAAACCGAACCGAACUUUGAGACGCGGGAAUAUUUAGAGGAAGAACACGGGGAGCGCUCCGUGGAGUCCGAGAACGACCCCGGAGAAGAAGCUCAGACGUGGCAACCUGCGGCGGACGAGGACCUGGAGCCCGAUCCGUUUUACGAGGAGAAAGAAGCCGUCUGCGUGAGCGCGUUUGACGGCGCAGGAGGCACCGCGCGAGCUCAGGGCGGCCGCACGCAGAAGCAGUGCGACGUCUGCAAAAAAGUUUUCGGGAAUUCUAAAGACUUGAAGAGACACUUGGUCGUCCACACGGGGGAGAAACCUUACGGCUGCACGGUUUGCGGGAAGAGAUUUACUCGGAAGGGCUCGAUGCAGUACCACAUGGCCGUGCACACUGGCGACCGACCCUUCAGGUGCUCCGUCUGCAGCAAAACGUUCUCGCAGAAGGGGAAUCUCCAGGCGCACAUGGCCCUGCACUCGGGGGAGAAACCUUUCAGCUGUUCGGUGUGCGGGGCUCGGUUCUCCACUCACCCGCCGCUCAUCAGACACCGGAAGCUGCACACGGGGAGCCGACCUUUCAGCUGUCCGUUCUGCGACAAGGGCUUCACGAGGAACGAACACCUGCAGCGGCACGUGCAGACUCACACCGGCGCGUUCGCGGGCGAGCGCGGAAACCCGAGCGACGCCCAGCGCGACCCGCACGAUCCGCACGACCAACACGACCCGCACGACCUGCACGACGACUUCAGACACUCGAGUUAGAGGAACACAGACAGUCUCCCCCGAGUGUCAUUAACUCUGUGGAAAUAUUGUGAUUUUAAUUAAUUGUGUCAGACUCGGACAGAAAAAUUCGUCCCGAUCACUACUUAAAGACGGUGGAUUUUGUCGUUAAGUCGUUUUUGUUUGUUGUUUUUAAAUAUUUUUUAGCUUUCCUCCUCAAAAACCUGCCUGAAGGGGUCUGAGAGUCGUCCGUGCAUGUUUGAGUCAUCUCCAGUGUCGGGGAGAAACAGAUUACAUGUACCAGAGUAAUCAGAGUACAAAUGAUGAGUAACUGAGUGGUAAUUGGAUUACAGUUACUUUGUUGAAAUAAAUGGAUUACAAGUCGGUAUUUUCCUGUUUUCACAUUUUGGGCUAGACC